AUGCAAAAAUACGUCUCAAUAGCUCGGAAUGCAUGGGAAAUUUUUAUAUCUGAAAGGAAGCCUGGCUGGAAGUAUCAGAUGCAGCUUUUUGCAGUUUGCUCUGCAGUUGGCUUUCUCUCCAGCUUUCUAUUUUUCCUUAGCAUGCACUUCUCCUUGGCACACCAUUCUUUGGGGCCCUUACUGAUUUCUGGAUUCAUCUGGAUUUCACUUUCUAUCACGCUCUUCUGUUUCAAGCACCUGCGCUGUUUUAGUGUUCUGUUCCUCCUUUCUUGUGGACUGAAAAAUGGCAGGGAGGCUCUUAUUACUGCUGGCACAGGUGUUGUGGUGGCCAGCAACAUUCAAAAUAUCUUUCACAAUCUAAAGGUUCUGGCAGACAGUAUAACCUGUCAUUUAAAGCACGAGCAAUUUGCUUUGAUAAAAUAUUAUGUUGAGGCAAUAAAAUGGAUUUAUGAGGUGGCCAACCUUCGUGGUGAGAUAUUUAAAUAUGUAGUGGUCCUAAAGCAUGAAUUCAUACCAUCUUAUUCAAUUUCAGAUGAUGCAUUAAAACAAGAGCUAAAUGACACAGAGCGAGAAAUCCAGAGAAUUGCCAACCAGAUAUCUUUUAUGUUGACUGUACUGCCCUAUAUAGGUCAGAAAGUAUUGCCUAUAUUUGGGGUUUUUCUAGUUUCUUUUGGAACUGGCCUCUUUAUAAAAAAAUUUGUGGGUUCUCAUAGUACCAAAUUUAAGAAUACCUAUAUCACAAAACAGUUCAUUGCAUUUGAUGAGCACCAAAAGCAACGGCAAAGACCCUGUCUUCUGCCACUUAACAGAAAAGAGAGACAAGAUUACAUGAUAAUUCCAUCCUUCUUCUUCACAAGAAAGGACAGGAAAAAAAUGCUGUAUUCUUUUCUCCCUGUAAUUAUUCAUCUUUGCAUCUGGCUUCUGUUUGCUGCAGUAGACUCUUUGUUUUAUUUGUUAAUUAUUUCUGUGAACAAAUAUCUCCAAGAAGUACCGGAUCUAGACAUUCAACUCAGUCUCUUUCAGAAUAGAAAUGAGAAAAGCAAUAUCAUUUCUAUGAACGAGAAUAUUGUGAAGACUGAUUCUUUCAAGAUCCCUUUGUUUAAGCAUAACUGCAUUCCUCAUCCAGAGCUCGCUCUCUCCACGACAUGGAUCCAGCUUGGAGUCAUCAUCUCAUUCUUAAUAAUAUUUGGGUUAUUCUCUGGCCUCCUGACCCAACUUAAAAUACUUGUGUCAAGUUCCUUUUAUCCUGAUACCGAGAUGAAACGGAUACAUUAUUUACAUGCAAAAUUACUCAAAAAAAGAGCAAAGCUACAAGAGAAAACUGGGAAGAACAUGUUUGCAAGAACGGUCAACUUUUGGUUUCCAAUACUCAAGGCAAGAGAGGCAGUGAGGAAGAAAGAAAGGAGUGUAGCGGAAUGACAGGAUGAUGUGCAAAAGAUCAAACGAAUCUUUGGAUAUGGCCGAGAUGCUUUAGCUCCACCUGUGUUUUGCACCAUUUUUCCUAUGGAAUAUCAAUUCUAAAAUGUACAAAUUUCACACUCAAAGGCUGAGCAGCAGUAUUUUGGAAAAGAUGUCAUU